UUUCUUGUCAGCCUAGCGUAUAUAAGAACACAUAUACGUAUACAUUUUGUUCGUGUGUAUAUGCAUGAUAUUAUGUGCACACGUAGCGCGAAAAGUGACCAAAGAGAAGAAGAAGACACACGUCCUUCUAAAAUAGUCGUGUAAUAUCGUCGAUUGUAUCACAACAAAUGCUCUGAUUCAUUUAUUUUCCCUAUUCAUUUUUCCCUAUUUUUUUUUUCUAUAUUAAAAAUUAGUUAGUAAAAUUUAAAUCGAAAGAAUAAACGUUAGAAAAAGAUGUUUCGUGAAGGACAAUACAUAGAAGUGAUAAAGGCUUCGGACAAUUGCGUGGCGACGGUUGUUGUAACUGUGCAAGAGAGAAUUAUUGAAAUCAAGAAGAAAAAGAUAUCGACCAACAAGUGGCUGGAUUUGGAAGAUUGGGCAGCCGUUUAUAAAAUGUUGGACAGAGUUGUUCUGCGUAACUGCAAAAAUAAUAUCAACGAACAAUGUUGUAGAAAAUUUGAAGGCAAUCAAUGGAAAAAAUUUACCAGACAAUUGGAGAUUACGUGUACGAUUGAAUCAUUUGAAUCUACCAAAGAUACUUCUUUGUUAACUAUUAGAGUCAAUGUGUCGCCUGCGAAAAGAAAGUUAACCAAGGUUGAUACGCAUGAACAAAGUUCUGGCGACGAAAAACAAAAUUCUAAAGAAUUAUCAAAUAGUUUGGUAAAGAAAGAGAAAGAUUUGGAAAAACCUGACAAUACUAGCAAUUCGCAAUUGGAACAAUUCAAUUAUUCUUCUUCUCACCAGCAAGCAUUAGAAGAGUAUGUGCCAGAUGCUCUUAUAAAAAAAAAUUCUUCCCCUUUAAAGUAUAUACCAAGUAGAAAAAGUACGUUGCAAAGGAUGCAAAUACCAUGCGAAGAGUAUACACCUGUGCAAACGUGCAAUGUUUCCGAUAACAAUGUUCCAUAUGUACCUAAUUCCAUUAAAAAUUUCAAUACCUCUUACGAAGCUUACGAACCUCAUAGCAUUACUUCUAUGGAAUUAGUUGAAGAAUACGUACCAAAUUCUAAAGGUAUAAAGCCUUCGGUUGAGGAAUACGAACCUAAUUUUCGUGGAAAAUUAAUGAAAUUUGACGAAAGUUAUGUACCAUCUACUGUACAAACUUCCAAUGAUGAUGUUAAAAGAAUACAAAAGAUAGAUAAGUUAAAGUCACGAAGAAAAGGAACACUUACCAGUAAAAAGAAGACGGAACUUUUUUAGUAUCAAUUAAAUUCAUUGUAUAAAAUCAUCGUGAAAAUUACUUUU